AUGGACCCGGGGGGCCCAUCGCCCCUCAUGCAUUUUGUGGUGGCGAAGAAGACUAUCAACGGUAUAUUUGAUCAGCUGCUGGAGUAUGUCAAAGAGGGCUCKGAGUUUGUGGACGAGACAUGGCGAAGUGCGGAUCUGGAGCAGGUCGCAGUUGAGGAGCAGUGCCUUGAAAUCCAGACCUGUGCUAGGAAACUGGCCACCAUUCGGGAGGUGCUGGCUCGUAGGCACAUGAAGGUAGCCUUUUUUGGGAGGACGAGUAACGGUAAAAGCACYGUGAUCAAUGCCAUGCUGAGGGACCGGGUGCUGCCCAGCGGCAUUGGCCACACCACCAACUGCUUUUUGAGGGUGGAAGGCACAGACGGGGACGAUGCCUACCUCACCACCGAGGGCUCUGAUGACAGAAAAAGUGUCAAGUCAGUCAAUCAGCUGGCCCAUGCCCUGCAUAUGGAGCGCAGUCUAGACUCAGGCUGCCUAGUGAAGGUGUUCUGGCCCAAGUCCAGGUGUGCCCUGCUGAGGGAUGACCUUGUUAUUAUGGACAGCCCAGGGACUGAUGUGACCUCUUACCUGGAUAGCUGGAUCGACAAGUUCUGUCUGGAUGCUGACGUCUUUGUGUUGGUGGGCAAUGCAGAGUCCACACUGAUGAACACAGAGAAGCUGUUUUUCCACAAAGUGAGCGAGCGAAUAUCCAAGCCAAACAUUUUUAUCCUGCACAACCGCUGGGAUGCCUCUGCGUGGGAGCCCGAGUACAUUGACGAAGUGCGUAAGCAGCACAUGGACCGCUGUGUGAGUUUCCUGGUGGAGGAGCUGAGGGUGGUGAGACAAGAGGAGGCGCCAGGCCGGAUCUUCUUUGUGUCGGCCAAGGAGGUGCUCAGCUCCAGGAUGCACUGUGCCCAGGGCAUGCCCGAGACAGGUGGCGCUUUAGCAGAGGGAUUCCACGAGAGACUGAGGGAGUUCCAGAGAUUCGAGAGGACUUUUGAGGAGUUCAUCUCACACUCUGCGGUCAAGACCAAGUUUGAGCAGCACACGCUCAGGGCGUGGCAGAUCACAGAAGCAAUCAAAGCAGUCAUGGACGCCAUAAAUAUCYCAUCCGCCGAAAGGAAGAUAUUUUCCCUGGAGGACCGAGAGGACCAGAAGGACCGUCUAGAUUUUGUCAGAGGCCAACUUAACCGCCUGACCGAGAACCUCAAAGAGAAGAUCAACACCAUAACAGAUGAGGUGGCUGCCAAGGUGACCGUUGCCAUGGUGGAGCAGAUUCGUGGUCUCCCAGCGCUGGUUGAUGAGUUCAGUGCUGAUUUCAUACCAACACCACACGCAUUGCCGCUCUACAAAGCAAAGCUUAUGAUGCAUGUGGAAGAGAGGAUGAGUACAUCUUUGGCCUUUCGUUGUUCCACUGGGAUCAUUGGCCACAUGCAGUCAUGCCAGAAAAACAUGAUUGAGAAUAUUCGGCCGCUGCUGCCCCCUGRUGUCCAGGAGCAGCUCCACAUUCACCUACCCAGCAGGAAGUUUGUCCUGACCUACGACCUUAACCUGGCCACCCUCUGCGCUGACUUCCAGGAGAACAUCGACUUCCAGUUCUCUCUCGGCUGGACUGCCCUUGUCAGUCGAUUCAUUGGGCCGAGCAAUGCCAAACGAGCCCUGAUGGCCAUGAACCAGAAGUUUCAGAAUACCUCUCCUACUGCACUCCAGGCACAUGGUGGAACCAGCCUACAGGACCACGUGGCCUUUUCAAUGGCAACAGGUGUAGUGUCACUCACCUCCAGAGCCUCCAUGACUGUGCUUGUCAUUGGUGGAGUGGUGUGGCGCUCAGUGGGCUGGAGGCUCAUCGCCCUCUCCGCAACACUUUAUGGCCUGCUCUACCUGUACGAGAAGCUGACGUGGACCAACGCCUCCAGGGAAAGGGCUCUGAAGCAGCAGUUUGUGGAGCUCGCCAUCCACCGACUUAGGGCCAUCAUCCCCUUCACCAGUGGGAGCUGCAGCCAGCAGGUUCACCAGGAGUUGGCAACGACCUUUACCCGUCUGUGCCAGCGGGUUGACCUGAGCGAGGUGGAGCUGGAGGGGCACAUUCGACUACUGAGUGGCAGGAUCCAGAGACUGGAGAACGUCCAGCGACGCUCCAAGACUCUCAGACACAGAGCCACAGAUCUGGAGUCUCAGCUGGAGGCAUUCUCUGCCCAGUAUCUGCAGAAUCAGUGCUYAGUGAACAGAUCCUCACCAGGAGCUACAUUGAGGUUUUCAAUGGAACUGGUUCUAAAAUGGUCUGCGGUACCAUGAUCAUUCUAUACAGAAACUACUCAGUUUCCAAGAACCAAUUUAAAACCAAAAACAGWCAUUCCCACAACUUCCAAGGAACCAAAUGUUCUAGCUGGAUAGCAUCUGMAUGUGUCAUUGCAUGUGUUAUCGCAUGGGGCACAUCUCACACAGGUACAGUGCA